CACUCUUCGAUGCAUAUUGUCCCCGUAUCGUCGAUCUGUCCACGUGUUGUUGUGUUUCCUCUGUGACAGGUCCUCCAUGUGUUCCUGUUCUGAGUUCUCUGGUAAGUAUUCACCGUGUUCCGUCACACUGUGUGUGUGGGGGGUCCUGUCAGUUGCUCACUGUGUGUGUGGGGAUCCUGUCAGUUGCUUACUGUGUGUGUGGGGGUCCUGUCAGUGCUCACUGUGUGUGUGUGUGUGGGGGUCCUGUCAGUGCUCACUGUGUGUGUGUGUGUGGGGGUCCUGUCAGUUGCUCACUGUGUGUGUGGGGGGUCCUGUCAGUUGCUCACUGUGUGUGUGGGGAUCCUGUCAGUUGUUCACCAUUUGGGUCCUGCAAGUGUUUACCGUGUGUGUGUGUGUCCUGUAAGCAUGAUCUUUAAAGCAAGAAGAGCUUUAUUUUGUAAUGUUUGAUCACCAGGUAAACAAGUUACGUGAGCUCGCUGGACUGAGGCAAUGGGCCCCAAAAGAACGAAUUUGAAGAGGAGAAGACCAUAUCAACAUAGAAGGUGAAGUUGAGUGAAUUAUUUUCUCGGUUUUGUAUGUCAUCUUAAUGCUUUAUUUGUACCAGCCAGGCAAAGAUGCUUUUUCUUUUACGGUCAGAUCAGUCGCUUUUUUUCAGAAUCCAUAUAAAUACUGGUGACAUUUAAAUCUCUUGAUCGGGUACUCUGAAGAUGGUUUUCAAAGUUUGUCAAAUGAGUCAAGUUUUAUGUAUGGUCCCUAUUUGUGCACACUGUGUUAGUCCUUUAAUCUUAAACUGCUGGAUAAUUUGAAGGUUGGUUUAAAAAUCUCUCUUCUACACAUCCAUUGACAUGAAAUAUGUUUACACAGUAGUAAGCCCACAAUUAAUAACUUGUCCUCAAUUUCAGCUAUCUUUUUAUAUAAUAGAAAAUAAAAAUAGUGGUAUUGACAAUAUGAUAGUAAAAAUUAUACGGUGAGUUGACCAUCAAUUUUGUAUUGCUUUAAUAUAUUAAUAAUCCACCCCCAAAAAAAAGUAUGAUAGAGAAAAAAAAUCUUACACUUUUAAUGUUCCCUUACCUUGCAUUCUUAGUUUAUCUCCACACCGCUACAGGCAGACACCUCCAUAACUAAGAGACUGUUAUUCCAUUGCACGGUACAGGAUUUAUGUGAUGUGUAUUUUUUUUUUUUUUUGUAAAUCUGUUACAUUGCGGUAAUCCCUGUAUCAGGUGUGGUAGCUACUUGCCUGUGGAUGGAAUGGCACAUUAUCUAAAUAUGACAUACGUAGAUAUCCAGUAUGCAACUUAUACAAAGCCCAUAAGGCCUGAGUCCAUAGGUAAAUAUACAUGGCAUCCAAGCUACAAUAUGUGAAAUGUUAACAGAUCCUAUUUGGGGUGGACUGUAGUCCGAGAAAAGUAUGAGCGCACAAAUUGUAUCUAUGUCAGAAAUCUAACUGCAUCAUUACCGGAUCCCCAUAUGGGGGCCACUUUAAUGGCAAAGAGUAUCCCCGGGCCUGAUCGUGAGUUAAAUAAGGGAUAAGUCAUUUUUAUUCUACAAGAGCAGUUCCACUCAUCAUUUAUACAGUGGAACUGCUUUCUAAACUGGUUGCAGCCAUGCUACAGCUGCUUCCAGAUUAGGCUUCAUUCAAUUCACUGUUCCGUUAACCAUGUUAUGUGUAUUAUUCAUCAUAGCCAUAGUCUGUGGUCCGACUGUCUCUCCUCGAAAGAGCCAGAGCUCAACCCAGUUAGUGCGUGUGACUGACGGACAGCUCUGAGAAGCUGUAGUUGCUACAGUCCUAAGCCAAAGACAGAACUGAGAGGGUGCUGUAUGAACUACCAACCUUGCAAUCAAGCAAAGCUGUGAUGGUGUUUAGAAUAACCCUUUAAUCUCCAGUGGUAAAAGUACAAUGGAAUUGUUUUAGCUCUUUUUGACCUUCACCGUGGCUGUAACAACCAACUGAAUCUACCUGUUUGGGAUAAACUUGAAAAUGAGUCUGGAAUUCUGUCUGUAGCAAAAUAUGCAUUCAGAUAUCUGAAAAUGUAAAUAUAUGUAAAUCCUAUGUAAUUAUUGGUUUGUUUUUUUACCCCCUUCCCUAGACCUUCAGAUUCUGUUUCUGCUCAGACAAGUAACGAAGGGUGCUCUUCAUCCAGUAGUGCAGCAUCAUCAUCAUCAUCCUCCUCAUCGUCGUCAUCAUCUGUCCCAGGUAAGCCUAAUAUAUCAUUUCUAAUUAGUGGGGUAAUCUCGUCUGGAUCCAUCGAGAUAUCUGACUGCCUUUCUGGGGUCAAGAACGAUUUUUUUCCUAGUUUGUUGCACAAUUGGAAGUGCUUCAGACUGGGUUUUUUUGCAUUCUUUUGAAUCAACAACAAAAACAUAUGGGAGUAAGGCUGAACUUGAUGGGCACAAGUCUCUUUUCAGCCUAUGUUAUUAUUCAGAGAACCGUGUCCUGAAUUAGGGUACAGCUAUGUAUCUCACACUUUGUCUCCUAGUAUCCAUGAACAGGUUUAAAUAAAUCCAUUCAGUAAAGAUGGAUGUUGGAGUACAGUACUAUAAAUUGGGCUCCAUUCUUAAAGUUCUUAUGGUGCCAAGAGGCCCUCGGGUGCUUUCUUGUCUUAAUAGGUUAACCAUUCUCGUACGGUUUAACCCCAAAGUCUGCCUCCAGUGCCAGAUCUCCAGGUCCCCAACAGCAUCUAGCUUAUGAAACUGAGUUUCAGGAUGUGCGGAGUGCUGCUGGGCAGGGGCCCACUCAUUGGCUAGUGCGUUCUGCUGAUGCUCUAAGCCAAUCAGUAGCUCAUUAUUCAUAAAAUGUAUGAUUUUUUUUUUUGAUUUUUUUUGUUGUUGUUGUUGUUGUUGUUUCUUUGUGUGUGUUCCUUUAAGUAUUGCAAAGUGAUAACUGCUACUUUCUGGGUUAUUUUAUUAUAAUUUUUUUUAUAGAACUCCCGGGAUUUUACUAUGACCCAGAAAAGAAUCGCUACUUUCGGUUGCUCCCUGGACACAACAAUUGCAACCCUCUUACAAAAGAGAUGCUCCAGCGAAAGCAGAUGGAGCUGGAGAGACUGAAGAUGCUCAAAGAAGAGGAAAAUAGGAUUGUACGUAUUCGUCGAUAACGUAGAUCUACAAGCUUUCGUGGGUUAUGUUUCUGUUAAACAUUGUCUGAAACAUGGUCUCUAAGAUUGACUGACUGUCCCCCAUUUAAAGGAACAGUUUAAGUGUCAAAGAGGAAUCUAGAAUAUGUGUUUUUUGUUUUGUUUUUUCUUACCUCCCACCCUUGCAUUAUGCCAGACCACUUUCCUUUCAUUCCAACUUCUUCUCUUUUUUUUUUUUCUACCCAGAAAUCAACCAGGCCUGGAUUGAACGCAUCAAUGCUUGUUUUGAAAAGAAGUGUUGGAAUGAUACCUUCAACUACAUACUGCCGGUGAGUCCAGUACAGGAGAUCAGUGUCUAUUCAGUGUUUAAAAGUAAACUCUCAGCAACAUUGUAGCUCUGAAGUGGUGUUCACUUAACCGUCCCAAAAAAAUAUAUCAAAUUUCUCCAUGUUCACAUUUCAAGAGGGUUUUUUUUUGGGGGGGGGGGAGGGUUUAAUUAACUUUGCAGCAUUUCCCCUUAUUCAUGCCUCCUCUUUUUAGAAAGCAUUCCUAUUUCAGCCAAUGAGAGAUCGGCAUCAUCAUCAUCCUCUUAUUAUCUGCCCCCUUUUCCCUUAGCACAGCGUUCAUACACUAUACAGGAGACCUGCAUUUGGAGGAAGCAACAGAAUGUAUAUAGGCCAAGAACUAGCAAAUGUACUAUUACAUUUGUUAGACUCUUUGUGGCUUCAUAUUCUUCUUGUGCCCUGUGGACAUGCAAAUAUACAAUGUGAGUGCCUAGCGUUUUGCUGAUUGGAACACACUGCAAAUUGGUUGAGUCUAUUUUCCUACACUUGCAGACGUAUGCACGAGUUGAAAGUGAGCUGUAUGAUGAGUAGAAAGGUGCAAAUCGACUGCCCAGAGGAGGGUGUUGAGACUGGGCAGCACCCAUUUGAAUUAAUGUUGGUAAGUUAAAAGGUAUAAUAAAUUUGGAGAGGUGAGUGUUUUCACUGCUGGGGUUCUGGCAAAUUGACAGAUUUGUGUAUAAUCUAGCCUAGGGCCUUCUGUAUUUGAUAAGUUUGUUAGUAAAUAGAAUAACACAUUGCUGCACUGCUUAGAUGGCUAGCGGCACUCACAAGUCCUAUUAUAUUAGUCAGAAGACCGGAAAAUCUAAAUCUAAUGAUUCUCUCAUAGACACUUAAACACUUUCAUCCCUUUUUAUUUAUUUUUUUUAAAUAUAUAAUAUAUAUUUAUUUAAUUUUUAUCUCAACAGUUGAGGUGCCACACAAUGGAUUAAUUAACUAAUCACUAAGGCAGCAGGAGGGAGGAAAAGAUAUCAGGUGCCAGGAAAAGGUGUGGAUUUUUAGAUUUAAUUUUAAUUUUCAUAUAUACUUUAUAUAUAAUUUUUUUUCUUUAGGCAGACUCAAACUACAAGAGUGUGUUUACGGUAAAUGAUGCAGAUAACGGUUUCUGCAAAUUUGGACUGUUGAGUUUAAAUGGUUUGUGGAAGAAGUCGCCAACUGUGAAGAGUUACGAUACUCCAUAUUUUGCCAAUCAGAAGGUAGAGAACAAGAUUAUGUGUAUUGAUAACCUUUCUGUGGUCAGUUGAUUGAAGAACAUGCCUCAUUCUCCACAGUGCCAUUAUUCCCAUAGUAUAGGAGGAUUUCGGUUGUACAGAGCCAGAAGACCAUAUUGAACAAUGUCAUAAGCAACCAGGAAUUAAAGAGAAUGUAUUAGUUGUCAGGCCCUGAUUUCUAGUCUCCAAAACACAUGGGUCCCCAUUAGAGGAAGAGCAAAGUCUCUUCUCUCACUACAGAUAUCAUGUGAGUCUUGUCUUAUGUACUUAUGUGUCUGCGGAUAGCCAAGACAUUCAUCCGAACAUACUCCUAAGUGUUUUGAGCAUUCCAAAGGGCGAGCAAGCACUCUCUCCUUCUGUCCCUUUUAGUAAAAUGAUCUGAAACUGAAAGGUGAUUAUGGCAUAUGAAACCUCAGCCGAGUACCUUUUAACCUAAUAUCCUCUCAAUUUUGCUCACAAGGGUUGUAGUUAUAUUGGAUACAGAACUUUGUUUUGAAAGUUUUUAUGAUCUCUAAAUUAGAAUAAAUCUAUUUUUAUUAAGCCUUUAUAGCUUUUUCCAACUACUUCCCCAGAGACAUCUUUAAAAUAUGGAACCAAUGAAACAAAAGAGGUGGGGGAGUAAAAGGGGAGGGUAGGGAAGUCCAGCUGUGCUGGAGCUGUAACAUUGGUAAUAUACUCUAUUACAGGCAUAGGCAACCUUUGGCACUCCAGAUGUUGUGGACUACAUCCCCCAUAAUACUCUUACACCCAAAAUGCCUAUCCCUGCUCUAUUAUGUUGUCUUUAGGAGUGGUUCACGAAUUCAUCCCACGUAGACCAUGUAUUAUAAUAAGUGGCCAGAGUUUCCUUGAUUCCAGCCUGCUAUCUUCUUCUAGGACUCUGUUCUAGCCAUAUGCAUUUUAUAUGGUUUUUUAAUUUUUAUUUUUCAGGAAAAUACCGUGUGUCUACCUUUUUAGUUUAUAGAUUAUAAGCUUGUUUGAGCAGGGCCUCCUCCUCUUGUCUCUUUUAUGUCCAUUUACUUGUCAAAUUUCCCCUCUCUACAACCACAGAAUUGCAGCAGAGGCAUAAUCUUCAGAAUUGUUAUCUUCUAUGUGCUUUUCCAAACCGCAUUGUGUGUCAGGAGAGGUACGACGUUCUAUAUAGGCCCAGCAUAAGCCUCGGAACUUUGCAAUCUUACAGUAUGGAUAAAAACUGCAAAUACGUGAAAAGUAUAAAUGUGAAUUCCUUCAAAGUAAUUAUGUCUAAACUGAAUGGUUUUUCUUUCCCCUUAGGUGAAUGCAGCAUGUUGGGCAACUAUGACUGCUCCUGACUCUCAUAUUUUGUAUCUUUUUGUUGUUGUUGUUGUUGUUGUUGUUGUAUUACAUGUACAUGAUACAAUUUUAUAUUUUCUUAGCCGUGUGCUUUGUGCUGCCGUUUCAAACAGUUGAGUUGUGAACGAAACCAGUAACUGUGAAGAACCGAUAAGGGAAUUGCCUAUUUUGGCUAAUAUAACUGAAUUGGAUAGCUGCUUUUUUUUAUUUUUAUUUUAUUUAUUUAUUUAUUUAUUUUUAGCAAUUCUCCUCAAAUCCUUGUUUAGGGAAUAACCCUAAGUUUGUGUAUGUAUAUAUGUAUUAAAAUAAACUGUAUACUGGGGUAGUAUGGCAGGCUUCUCCUACUCUCCACUUGGCAUCCAAAUAUCGAGUGGAAUGUCUACAAAAUUCUAUGUACCAACCUUAGAAGCUGCUUUUACGUGAUUUUUGGCUUAAUUAAAGGGUUCAGGAGAUCAUCUGCACUGUUAACUAUCAGGAUGUACACUCUACAAUCAUCUGACACAAAUCAGUUUUUUACUGUGAAAUGCAAAAGAAUUGGCACAGAGUAGUGCGAUCAGUGCAGUUCUUACUCAUCCAGAUUCCCAGAGGUUUGGUAAAGAAGACCUCAUGAGAACUUUAUCUUGCUUGGAGGUGGGAUGGAAGCAAGCUCUAUCUUUCCAUGUCUUAUGUUCCUUAAUGCCAGCCUAGAGUUUGCCACCAAGGAAAGCAAGAGUCUCCGGGUUGUGUUAGCCUCAUCCCUGCUUGUUUAUUGAAAAACAUGGACGCUAACUCAGGUAAGCCGUGUGUGUGUUUCCAUAUCCACUUCCUUCUCCACAAAGGAAAUAUGUGCUAAUGUUCUACGUUCAAGGUAGACUUGAAUCCAAAGUAACAACUUGCAUUUCUAUAGUUUUAAAAUGUAACCUGUUUUGUUUUUUUAACACAUUGAAACUAUUUUACUUCAGCUGUAUUAAUGGGACACUAUAUAGUCAUCAAAACAUAUUUAACUGUAAUGAUAGAGUUUUGGUGUACAGAUCAUGCCUUGUAGUCUCACUGCCGCUUAGGAGGUAAAUCACUUUGUUUACUUAGCCCUAGUCACACCUCCCUACAUGUGACUUAUACUGCCUUUCUGAACCCUUCCUGUAAAGGGUAAUCUAAUUUUUAAACUUCCUUUAUGAUAAAUUCUGUUUAAUUUAGAUUUUCUUCCUGCACUGCUAAUAACUUGCUAGACCCUGCAGGAGCUCCUGUGUGUGAUUUUUAAAGUUCAAUUUACAGAGCAGGAGAUAACAUUUUUUUUUUUUUAAAGUAAGUAACAUCUCAUUGAAAAUGAAACCAUUCUUAUUGCUUCGAGGCUGUGCCAGUCACAGCCAGGGGAGCUGUGACUAGGGCUGCAUAAACAAACAAAAGUGAUUUUUAACUCUGAAAUGUGAGACUGCAUGGGUAUGAUCUAUAUACCAAAACUGCUUCAUUAAGCUAAAGUUGGUUUGGUGACUAUGGUGUUCCUUUAAGUUGCUACAUAAAAUUCCAAACAAACUUGGAAGGCACAAUUGCAACUAUAAAUAGUUUGGCAGUGGAAUUGUGACAUAUAACGCUAAGCACAAUGUAAGUUAUUCCCUAAAUUAAAGGGUGCUAUGCAAACAUUUUAGACUUCAUGUAGCGGAUUGUAUUGAUGCAGUCCAUAGAAAUUCGUAUAGAAAAUGUAUUUGCAUAAUUGUUUCCCUGUAUAUCUGUAAAGUGUAUGUAGUAUUCCUAUGAUUGUUCGGUAGUUUCGUACGAAUGAAACUACCGAACCAUCAGACCACCCCAGUGAGAAGUGUGCGCCUCGUUAAGCGUUCACAUUCUGCAAACCGCAGCUUAAUUGAUUCAUUGUAUGUGCCUGUGUGGUCACCAUUCGGCAUACGAACCAUGUGCGGCGGCCAUCUUAUGCAUGGAAAUCUCAGCGGUGUUUGGUCGUCGAGUGUCUGGAACUCAAAUCGGACACUCAAACAACCGAACACCGCUGAGACCUCCAGAGCUCCGUAACGCACAAACGGAGAGACUAGGCAGCACCUCGUUCGUGAAAUCAAUGUUCCGAACAAGGGAAUUAAUAUGAAUGGAAGAUUAGCUGUGGGUGGCAGGUAUUUCUAUGUGUUUUAACUCCCGAACAGAGACCGACCGCAAAGCCAAAACACAUGGAGCCUUUUUCGGAUACCACCUAGUGUGCGGUCGGUCAAAUUACACCCUCCACCUAACUCCCGAACCCCUGGUCUGAUCUGGGUGAAUUUUGGAUAUGUUAGUCACCCAGAUCAGGGCUACCAGGGGAUACCCAAAUUAUUAUUCUCACUGCUUGUUUUGGGGUACAUCUAGAAUUUAGGGAAAAGUACAGUAUGUUUAAUAGGAUUAUGUGUCACACUGAGGGGAGGAGAUGUGUGGGAGGUAACGGUUACAUUAUUGGCUGCUGGACUAAUUAUGGUGAACCCCUCCCUUGCAUGGGAGAAUGCUUUAAAAGGAGGUUGUGUGGAUUAAAUGUUAGUUCUGCUCCUGAUGCUGUGUGUCGUCCAGUCAUUGGGAUCUGUCUGGGAAUAUUCGUGGAUUACCUUGCUUGUUGGGAUUAUUACUCUAUGGUAUUUUAUUGCUUGUUCCUGAGCCUUACUGGGAUCUUUAGUGGAGUUAACCUGUGAAAGACCAGUUCUCCGCUACACUUCAUAUUAAAAGGACAUGAAUGAAGCCGAAUGUGUAUUUUUGAUUUGCUCUAUUUCUGUGAAAUUCCCCAUUAUAUGAAAUGAUUUGGUAAAUGCAUGUUAGGAUACCUGUCUGUAUUUCAUUGUUAUGAGGAGCCAUUUCUAUCUGGAGGUAAUGAUGGCUUACUAACAUUAGCCCACGUGAUCCGCUUGAAAGCCAGGCCAUUUUAUAAAGUAAAAUCUAGAAAAUACAGUUUUUAGAAGGCUAACCUAAUGGCUGCCUUCCCACCUAAUCGAGCAAUAAAAGGAAAACUAAGUGACAAGAUUGGGGUUAGUUUAUUGCAUUGACAGAAGCAGAUGUGUUUUUCCUAAGCUCCAUGAAUAAUAUACAUAGUUGCCCCUCAUUUGCUGAGUUUUGGGUUUUCUUUUUGUUUCUCUGAGCACUUGAUACUAUGGGACGCAAAUCAAAAACAGCAAAAGGUGAUCGUUAUAUGAAAAAAACACCAAAUAGCUGAUUUGCUUUUCCUGACUCCCAGACCAUAUGCAACUAAUUUGGCACCACCAAGAGAGCCUUCUUCUGAGCUUUCAGAAGAAGGCACAAGAGAGAAGCAUGACGAUCUUACUCCCAGAGAACGGACAAGACCAUACCUUGCUGAUAAAGAGCCAACUAACCUUAUGCUGUGCGUGGGACAAGUCAGUGUCAACCACAUGUACGGUCAGCUAAAGUGAUACCAGCUGGGAGAUCCCUCCAGCAACCUUAAGGGUCAGAACUCCAAGAGCCUCAAAUACGUACCUAACACCGUUGUCUGUUCAGGCCAAACCUCCCAUUGCUGAAAUAAAUUCUUAGAAAGCAAGGCAGUUAUUCAAGCCUUGCUCAUGGAAUUCAAGGUGAUGUUCACAGCAGAUCCAUCCAUUUUCUGGGAGGAAGUUACUAUUUUGUAAUGCCACAUGAGGGUGGUUGAAGAAAACACAGUAGUCCAAAGGAUGUUAUCGAGAUUUAAUUGCGGAAGUCAAGCAGCUGAAAAUUGCCACUAUGGAAGAUAUGCGCUGGAACCUAAGGAUCCCGAGUUAUUCGGGACUCUCUGCCCUCAUAAGAAAUCCCUCACCUCCUCAGAAGGCUGUGGGCCUCCCUGCUGCCGCACACAAAAGCAAAAUCUAUUAUGGCGGACUCACGUUUCCAUGUGGUUGUUCUCACAGAGCUCCUGUGGAUGCCCCAAGGGCCUUUUGGUGCAGUUCUGUUCAGAGGAAAACAGGGCAGCGCUAAUGGCAGUGACAAGAUGCUCCUCUGACCAUACCUUUUGAGACUCACGUGCUCUAAUUUUAGGGGGACUUUUCCUGCUCUUUAGUACAAUGCAGGCAGUCACCACGACCUAUCACCAACCUUCUACGCAAUAACGAUCUAUAGCAUCGAUGGGGGCUGUGAAGACAACUCACCGUACAGCAUAACGGAAAUCCCCUUCAUCUUACAAAUAUCUCAAUUGCAUCAGAGUUUACCUUAGGCUCUCCCUACUUGUUGCAGAAUCUGCAUUGUCACUGAAAACAUAUUAUACACUACCCUGGGACACAGAAAACAUAUGUCCAUUUUUAAAAUAGAAAGCCAGAAAGAUCGUGUGUGCCUCAAUGUACACCCAUACACCAGUUCACUCCAAAAACCGUGUAACGUAAAAAAAAAAGAAAUAAUAGUAACUCGCUUAUGUGUGAAAACCCCAAAGCCAAUGGUGGGUAUAAGUACACUAUUAAUGAUCUUCAAAAACCAACAUGCUUAUAAUGAUCCAGGUAUGUUAAUUUCUUCAAGCUUUAAUCACCUAAAACAUGCAAGUAGACCAUAGCAUAAAAUCACACAAAAUCUAGAGAAACAAAAAAGGAUAAUAUUGCACUUACAAACAAAAUGCCACUGACAGAGGAAAAUUGGGCACAUAACUAGGUCAAAUAGGCCUCCAAUGGUGCAUUUUCUCCAUGUCCAGCUGAAUGUCCAAUAGUUGUGUUUUUUUUUACUCCUCCUGUGAUGGUUCUGGAUCUCUCAACAGCAAGAAAAAAAUAUUUUUCUCUACAAGUAGUCCAGGCUGGAAUAUGUUGAAACUCCAAAUUGCUUUAGAAUCUGACCGGUUUUGUCUUCUGGGGCUUUGUCAAGGAAGAGCUUCUAUGACCUUUUACGCGAUGGGGGGGAGGGGGGCUGAGAAAGCAACUUAAAAGCAUCUCAGGGGCAUUGGCCUUUAUCUUGGGACUCUCCCUACCUGUUGCAAAAUCUGAAUUGUCACAGAAAACAUUCUGCACUACAAUGUGCCUUUUGCACUCAUGUUGAUAGUUUAUUUUAGUUGCAUUUUUGAUUCCUUUUAUUGUUUUGCAUACAAUAUGCAAUUCUUUGUUUGUUUCCCUAGGCUAUGCUCCCCGUUUAACCCCUUAAGGACCAAAUGUCUGGAAUAAAAGGGAAUCAUGAUAUGUCACACGUCGUGUCCAUAAGGGGUUAAGCAAAAAACAAAAAAAAACAGAUGUGGGGCUCCCUAUUUAUUCACUGGCUGUGCCAGACCUACCCUUGUGAGCCUCCAUAGAGGUCUUGUAUCACACUGGUGGUCACACACGAUAUUAACUUUUCGCUAAUUCUUCUUUUACUGUAUAGCAUACUUUUUUUGCCAUUCAACACUUAGUGGUAGCCAUGAUAUUCUUACGAUGGUGGUUAUAAGAAUGUGUAUAUGUGCUGAUGUUUACUUGUAAAUUGUCAAUGCUGUUGCAAUUUUCUUAAUCCAUAAAAUGAGGUGGUUUAUCGAUGCGCCUAUUCGCAUGAAUCUUUUUGCUAUGUACAAUUCUACUCGAUAUGUACCUGUGUCUGGUUCCUUUGCUAAAAUCGAAUAUGCUAUACGCUCAAUAGAAACAUAAAUUACAAAAAAAUAUAUAUAAGGAAAUCCUUUUGGCAGUUCAUUUAAGGAAAAAUAACUUGAGUUGAAUCAUUUCAAAUGCUGUAUAAAAUAAACACCUUUGCAAAAUCAUGCAACUCUGACAAUUAUGUCUAAAAUGUCAAGUGUGUUCGCGUAUUUUAUUAUUGUUUUUAUUUAUCUUCAGAUGGUCGCCCUGAAUUGUUUUACAAAGUAAAAAUUUCCAACACAUGGUCCUGUGCGUGGAGUUACUAUCCCUAUCAGAUGAACAACUAUGCAGUAGGUCUGUAUUAUUCUGCUCUACUGACUGUCAAACCUGUAUAUUGACUUGAAUUUUCCAAUGGUCAUUAUCUCUUUCUCUGUAAAUUGUACUUUAAUCGCAUACAGGAGGCUCUUGCAGGGUCUAGCAAUCUAUUAACAUAGCAUGGGAUAAGUAAAUCUAAAUGAAACAGAACUUGCAAUAAAAGGAAGGAUAAAAUAUAGAUGACUCUUUCCAGGAAGUGUUUAGGGAGGCUGUGCAAGUCACAUGCAGGGAGGUGUGACUAGGGUGCAUAAACAAAGUGAUUUAACUCCUAAAUUGCAGAGAAUUGAGCAGUGAUACUGCAGGGGCAUGAUUAAUACACCAAAACUGCUUCAUUAAGUUAAAGUUGUUUUGGUGACUAUAGUGUCCCUUUAAUGCUAUAUAUUUUUUUUUUUUUCCUUAACCCUUGUAUCUUCUUUAGGUUUACGGCAACAGAUACUGCUCGUUAAUAUAGUUAAAAACUUCAGACAAGCGUUUAAGACCGAAAGUGAUGUCCUUGCUCAACAGUUUGCCACGCAGGUAUGCAUUUAGAAAUACAUUGAAACGUCAAAAUGGUUAUUCACAGGUUACAUUCGUUAUGAUUGGGAUUUUAAGCAUGAUAUGCUGGAAAAUUAUAUCUCAAACAAUUGCCACUUUUGGACCACCACAAUUUAGAGUAUGUCAGAAUGAAGUAGUUAAUAUAGACUUGCUGUAUGACUGAGGUGCUAAUUAAAUUCCACAAUGUAUGACUUGGUCGUUCCAAAAGGAAAGGUGAAUGUGUAUAAGAUGUAUUCAUUGCUCUUGGCAAGCACAAUGCAUUACAUCUAUUUGCGAUAUAGUUCUAACCAUCAUCUCUGACUCUUGGACCGACCUGUGCUGUAUUUUGCUUUUCAGUCGGGAUUGCUCUACAAUGGCGGUCGAUCGGGAGAGGUUUUUGCUGUUGAUCUUCGUCUUCCUUCUACUCCAUUUAGCUGGAAGAAAGCCAUUUCUUUCCACCAUCGUUGCAGUAUCUCCUCCUUGCGUCUUCUUCAGGAUGAAAACUAUCUGAUGGUGUCUGACAUGUCUGGAAAGGUAUGCAUUAAUAAUCUGUGUUCUAUUCAGUUCAUAAGCAUUUUUUUUUAUUUUUCUUUGUCAAAACCUGCCAGGUUUUGGAAUUUAGAGUCGCACCCUGGUCUAUCUUAGUUUUCUAAUCUGCUUAUUAUUAAUUUGGGUAUUCCAGCACUGUUUACAAAGUGUAACAAUCCCUUUAAAGGGACAUUAUAGACCUCAUAGCUUAAUGAAGCAGUUUUAGUGUAUAGCUAAUUGCCUCUGCAGUCUCAUUGCACAAUUCUCUGCCAUUUAGGAGUUAAAUCACUUUUGUUUCUGUUUAAGCGGCCCUAGCCACACCUCCCUGCAUGUGGCUUUUACAGCCUGCAUGAAAUGGGGGGAAAUAAUGGUUACGUUUUCAAGCAGAUGUAAACUUGAGAGAGAGAUAUAAUUUUUAUUUUCUACUCUUUCACGAAACAUCAAGGGGUUGUUUCAUUUUUAACCUUUUAAUUUGUUUUAUUUUUUAUAUAUUUUCAAUAUUUGUUUGAAAACUAGGACAUUCCAAGAUGUUCAUCUCCACUCAGAUGUCCAUGUUACGGUUAAACUUACUCUACCACAGAUGUCUCAAAAUCUGAAUAUGGGUUUAAGAAAAUAUGGAGAAAAAAUGUUACUAAAAGUGUUAUGUAAAAGUCUUAAUACACUGCAGAAUACCGAAGGCCCACUAAAAGUAUUUACGUAACUAAACACACAUUACUAAAAUCAAGCUACAUAAAAAUUAGAUAAUGGGUUAUAAGUUCUCUUUUAAAAACACCUUCCUUUCAUUUCAUUCCAUCAGAUCAAGUUAUGGGACAUAAGAAACGUGAGGCCGGUAAAGCACUACGAGGGUCAUAAUAACAGCUACGCACUGUUGCCGCUACAUGUAAAAGAAGAUGAAGGAUUACUAUUAGCAGGUGAGAAGUUAAACUUUCUUAGAGUAAGUGACUUUUGUAAAAUGUGGACAAAUUACAUAAUAAAGCUGGCUAAUUAACUUGGUUAUGUAAGUAGUAGUCUGGCUGCAGUGUCUGUGUUCCCUCGUCCUGCAAUGUGUUCUUGCAUGCACAUUACGGACAUACACCCGAGGUGGAGCACAGAGUGAGCUCAUCGAUGGAAAAGGGUAAUAAGUACAUAACGUGGGUUUUUUUUUUUUUUUUUUACCUUUUCAUGCUGGGGUGGGGUUCAGAGGAAAUUAUAGUAUAAGGUAUACAACCUUGUAUUCAUUACACUAUAGAAUGCCUUUAAGGAUCACUUGACCCGGAGUGUUCUUAAAGAUGCAAAUUGAUCGUACUAGAGAUGAUCCAUCAAUGGGGAUGGCCCCUGCCAAUAAAGCAGAAUGGCCGUGCAACAUAUGCCGUGAUGGCCCGUGCCUACUCUCGCUGUAAGACGACCUCCCUGUUCUCUAUCCCAUGAAACCUUUUUGUUAUUUUGUGUUUUCAGUUGGCCAAGAUUGUUACACACGAAUUUGGAACCUUGAAGACACUAGGUUAUUGAGGACUAUUCCUUCCCCACAUCCAGCAUCGAAAGACUCUAUACCAAACGUGGUCUUCUCUCCUUAUCUUGGUGGAAAACAUCAAAAGGUACCUGGCCUAUUGAUGGCUGUGGAAAAAGAUCUGUACCACUUCUCAUACAACUUCAAGAAAUCUUAUUCUCUGAAAUAAAGAAAGUGUAUAACACAACUACGUGAUCAGGCUGGGUAUGAACAGAGGCUUUGUACACUUUUUUUUUUACACCAAUAGCACUUUGUGUAAACCAUAUGCUUCUUGCGUAAAGGAGACUCUUUCCAAUCUAGAUUAUUUAAGAUAAACACUGCACUGAUGCUUCUGUUAUAAGUAGCAUUUUGGGACUUGGCCCCUCCACACAGGCUAUGUUUUUUUUCUUUUAAUUUUCUUUAUUUUGACUUUAUUCUUAUGUAGCUGUAUAGUGACUUUGGUAUCAAAUAGGAUUUUAUGUAUCUUAUUAAAAUUUCCUAUUGAAAAAAAAAACUUCAUGAAGUGAACAUAAAGACAAUUUGUUGCACUCUGUAAACAUACACAAUUUCAAAGAUAUCUUUUGUGAUAGACAUGGGACAUCCUAAAAUUAGCACUUCCCUUGCUGAUGCUCAAUGUCACUUACAAUAUGGAAUCUUCAUAGAUGGUGAUACAUGAAGUGCUGGUUCAUAUUUGUGUCCGUCUCCUAUUCAACUACACAAAUAACAUUUCUCAGGAAGCUUCUUCUUCUGUGUGAAAAUAGAUGCCAAGUUUGGGUACUGGACAUGCAUAUUUUUCAUUUACCAUUACAAAAGUGUAGUUGCAAAGCACAGUAUAUCUACAGUUCAUUUUGUUAAAUUUUAUUCUGUUAUAGAAAAAAAUGAAUACAGUAAGAAUUCACUAAACUGAGAAUUCAAUGUGAAAACCUAAAACCAGGUUGUAAUCCUCCACUUCUUCUCCAGCCCAGAUGUUCUGUGGCUGUCCCAUUAGACUUUCCAAUGCAGACUUUCUCUGCAAGGCAGGUGUUCUAAGCUAUUGCUGCCUCUUGAGUUUAGCUCCACUGAGCUAACCAAACCAGGAAGUAGAAGGACCAGAUGUCUGACAACCAGGGAGUGUAACACGGUUAAUUUAUGAAAUCAUUUUGUAAAAUGAAAGGACACAGUCUUCUCACAAGAAGCACUUCAGCAAGCUAAAGUGCAUUAAGUGUUUGGAGUGUUCCUUUAACGUCACUCUGGGUUAUGAUGUUGCCAGAGGUGAAACACUGGUGAAACAAACAGAUUCCAAGCAGCAUGGCCAUUUCAAAUCCCAGAAGCGAUCACAAUGCUUGUAGUAACCCCAGGAGUACAACCACUCAGUUUCUUGCCUCUGGGCUUGAUUUUAAUAUUUGUGUAUAACGUUAGAAUGCUGAACUAAAAACGUAGCCUUUAUUCAAGUUAGUUUGCAGGCAGAGGUGCUAGAUUAACAGUUACUCGUUUUGGGUCUUCCCUGGAACUUGAGACUUUUAAAGUGAGUUUAUAUUUAAAAUAAAACUAUUGAAUAUCGCUCUAUCUGAAAAUAACUUCAAAAGCUGAUCUAAACACAGGCAUUAUUUUAAUUAUUUUUUUUGGUCCUAUAUUAAAUGAUCACAAAAUAGAACAGUUAUGAAUUCUGCAUUGCUAGGUUGUGUUUUUACCCCUAACAUACCCAGCAUCACAUAGACCUCAGCAUUUACCCCCUUAACUUCCACAUGGGACUUUUGUACCUUCAUGAGGUUUUUUUGGUGGGUGGAAUUGUGGCUCCUGCAGCUGAUAAACUGGAAAAUGCAGGCGUAGAUAUUUUUAGGCAACAAUAUGUACUUUGAAAGUCUUACCCUGCUAACCAGAGGCAAAAGUGUACCCACAAAUAUGACGUUAACAGGCAAUUUAUACAAAACAACCUAUAUUUAAGAUUACUUCUUAAGAACAGAAAACAAAACAUGACCCAUGGAAAUGCAGGAUCUCUCUUUCAUUUACAAAACUGAUGGGAAGGCACUUACAGUGUAAACAGAACAAAAUAACUUACUGAUUCUUUCUCGUUUGUAGAUUUAACACAAAUCAAAUUUGUACAAAGACACAAAUUUACACAGUCUCAGGAAUGUCAUGUUCUCUACAGAUGAGCUACUUGGUAUGGUUGUACAGCACAUGUUCUAUAUAGUUCGUUCCAUGUGAUAUUGAGGAUUACUGUAAGAUUAAUUUGAAACACUUAUUAAUUUACUAUUAGUAAAUGAUCCGGGUCCACCUGUGCUUACACUACAUAGAUUAUAACUUCUUCAAAAUAAAAGAAUGCAAAAUGCUUUAUGUUUGGAUAUAAUUAAAUGUAGAGAUGCGAUGAACUAGAGAAACUCCACAAGGGAACCUGGAUCUACAUCCAGAUCAAACUGUGCAUAGGUCAAUGGAUCUGGAUUACAGCACAUAUCACAAACCUCCAUUCAAACUCAUUUAGAAAAGUUAUAGCAUUCCCAAAUUUUUAAAUUCUGGUUUAUUAAUACAGAGGGGGGGACAAAAAAAAAAAAAAAGCUAAAGUCUAUGAACUGCCAUGCUGAAUAAAAAUAAAGUGCAAGUUCCUAUUGGCAAAGGCGUAUCCCAGAUCUUGAAUACAGUACAGAUAGAUAUAGUGUUAAAUAUGUCAGUUAAUAGAUCAGGCCCACUAUCCCAGUGACCCAAAAUGCUGCAGCACUUGUUUCUUCAUGAAGAUUUUUCAAUUGUAUCGUUUUAUUCAAUAGUUAAAAAGUGCAGAUUAUAUAUUGUCUUGUUUCCUGAACAAAGCAAUGUUGGAUGUUUAAUAUGUUGAUGGACUAAUGAAGAUGACCACAAAAAAUCGACAGAUUAGAAGCAUGCAUGCCAGACAGGCCUAAGGAUGAAAAUGGUUCCACUCAUAGCUAACCCUGAGAACGAACGGAAUUGUGAAGGACAGGAGUGGAAACAGAGGGUUAAAGGUCACCAGGUUUUUUAUUGCAAUUAAUGCAGACACGCACAGGAUGAUCCCAGCCCCGGGAUGGGACUGGUCGUCUGUCACUUGAACAUUCGUCGCAGAAACCCUGUCCGCAUGCCCGGCAGUGGUGUUUGGAUAGCUUGAUAUUAAAUUCUUUCUUGCAGUUGUAGCAGUGAGUUAUUUCAUGGUCAGGGAUCCAGUACGCAGGUCUUGCAGCAUCUUUCAUAAGUCC